AUGGUCACCAACCCGUGCCGUCUGGAGCCAGAUGAGAGGUUGCUGCUGCCUGUAUCAGCUUCACGUACCGAUUUGAUCGCUGCCAUGUCCCUGCGCUCAUCCACACGUCAACGACUUCGACGUCCAAUGCGUUUGGCCAUACCCGUUGCCUCGGGCGACGAUCGUGACUGGCGUGAUCCUUUCAGCCCAGAUGACCGUUUACUCUAUCUACCGGGAAAUCGAUUAGCUUCUGAUAUCAGUCAUAUGGCUGUUCGUUUGCUGCGCCGAUUCCUUGCCGAAGCACCCGCACUCAUGCGUGGUUGGCUCACACGUCUUUCCACGCCAGCUGGCAUAUCAGAAGAUGAGUCUAAUCGUGAAAAACCGGAUGAAUUGUCCACGGUCACCACCCAAUCUCCUGUCACAAAGAAUGAACUUUCAAGUGUCUUGUGCGGGCAGCGAUCCGGACGGUUACGUCAGCUAGCGAACACGGUAGACAAGUUAGUCUCGCGUCAUUUCUCGCCUGGUUUAGCUCGGGAUGAAGUUUUGCUCGUUCAAUAUAAGGCUCAGUUGCGUGAGAUGAAGCGUGCUGAAGGUGCCGGUCCUUCGGCAAAAUCCAACUGGUUUAGUCUGCUCUCUGGUGGUGGUCCUUCAGAAAUCGGAACAAUCAAUAUCCGGGGUCGUCCUCUCUCGCGUGAGGUGAUUGCCACAUACCAGGUCACCGAAGAGCAUUCCGUAGAAAUGCUCAUCCAGUUGCCAGCCAAUUACCCGUUGGGUUUGGUCACCGUCUCUUGUGGUCGUGGUGUAGGCAUUGGACAACAAAUGUGGCACAUGUGGACUGUUCAAUUGUCCGUGUUCAUCAACAAUCAGAACGGAUCCAUUUUGGACGGGAUCGAUUUGUGGCAAAAGAAUGUUCGGAAAAAAUUCGAAGGUGUCGAGGAAUGUGCCAUUUGUUAUUCGGUCGUGCACAAUACCAAUUUCUCCCUGCCCAAAAUGCAAUGUCACACGUGUCGCAAACUGUUCCACUACGCCUGUAUGUAUCGUUGGUUCACGACCAGUCACAAUCCAGCUUGUCCCCUAUGCCGUCAUCGAUUUUUCGGUCCGACUGGUCGUCCGAUCACAUGA